UGUAUUUUGUUAACCACAUGCUUCCUAUUGAAUCACAUUAUUUACACCACAGACUUAGUUAGUUUAUGUUUACACUGACUUAACCGCCAAAUAUAGAUUUAAAUAUGGGGUGACCGAAAGCUAUUUUGUCAUCUGAUGAUCAUUGCCAGAAUUUCAGGAUUAGUUGCUAAUUGUGACAUUUGAUCUAUUUUAGAAUAUAAUACCGGAUUGGAACUAAUUUUGUGACUUUAUAGAAGUUUCUUAUCCUUAUGUUCUAAUUUGACUUUCAUCAGAUUUUGAUUAGAUGUUAAAAAUGACAACAGGGAUUUUAUUUGUAAUUAAUUUCUGGAAGGGGAGGAGGAAAGAUAAUUCAAAAGACUCCCCUACUCCCCCAGUUCCAGAAGAAGCGAGACAAUAUUUAGAAGACAGUUGUGUACGUGAAAGAGUUACAGAUGCAGAUUUCUACAAAUUAGUUGCGUUACCUCCCAGUGUAGACUACAAUGAAUGGUUAGCUACACAUUCGAUCUCAUUUUUCAACCAUGUCAAUUUAAUGUAUGGUGUGAUCUCGGAAUACUGUACAUCGGAAUCUUGUCCCUCAAUGACAGGCCCAGGAAAUGUGCAAUUUUUAUGGUAUGAUGAUAAAGGUAAAAAGUACAAAAAUACAGCACCUCAGUAUGUAGAUUAUUUAACAACAUAUGUACAGAAACAAAUCUCAGACGAGUCAUUAUAUCCAACAAAAUUCGGUCAGCCAUUUCCAAAUAGUUUAGAAGCAACGACCAAAAAGUGUCAUAGACUAUUAUUCCAUGUGUUAGCACACAUGUACCACGCACAUUACUCAGACUGUGUAACAUUAGGAAUACACGGACAUUUAAAUAGUUUGUUCACACACUUUAUGGUGUUUAACAUUAAAUUUGACUUAAUGGAAGACAAGGAAACAGAAGUCCUUCAGGAUCUUCUAGAAGCUUUAGUCAAACAGUUACCCGACCCUAAUCAGAAUGAUGAUAAGGAAACCAGUGAAGUUACACGAUCGUAGCAUGAAUUGUAUGAAGGGCGAGAGAAUGUUGGAGGCAUGAAUGUUUGGAGUGCUGAUUUCUUCUGUGAUGUGUCAAAAACAGCCAAAUCCAAAUGUAAUAGAUGUUGUUGGAUCUCAGAUAUUGUAGUCUAUGUACUUUAAAAGCUUGUGUAGAAAGUCUACCUUCAAAUUUUUAUUUCAGUCAGAUCUUUUUUGUUGCUUAUUUUGAAUUAAUUUUCAAUACACAGUUUUUAUUUGCUCUAACUUUUACACAUAUUUUACAUAAGAAAUUUCAUCAUUGUCAUCAUAUAAUCUAUUAUAGGAAUCCUGAUAAUCGAAGCAGAUGUUUUAAUAAGGUUUCAAAUAAAAAAAACAAAUUGAUUGGUGACAGAUGCUAGUUAUUAUCAGUUGAGAAUCAAUUAAUCUUUAAUUAUCUUAGAUUAUAUUUCACAUCGAGUGAAAUUAAAGGUUUAACAAUCACUAUAUCUCUUGUACGAAAAAUUCUUUAUUACCUUUAAAAUAACUUCCUAAUCUAUUAGAGUGUAGGACUACUGCAUUAUUUUGUAUUAUCAGGUUGAGUAUGUUGAGCUUUCUGUAAAUGUGAACGGCCUUUAUAGCUACUCUCUAAAACAAAAAGUUUUUAGCAAUGUCCUAUCAGAAAUUCAUUUUCCAAAGUACAUUUACUGACUGAAUAGGAUGUAAAUUUUAGACCUCAUUUAUUAUUCUGUCUGGAAAUAUUUCUCAUUAAUCUUAAUUAAGAUUUGCUCAUACAUUGCAAUGUUAAAAUGAAUUCUGUAUUAUAUUUUGUAAAACAAUUUUAUAAAAUGUUGAAACACAUUUAGAGGGCAGUUCAACUCAAGAAACUGUUGAUUAAGUAAAAGUUUAACUAUGCAAUAGUCAGUACCAAAUUAUUCCUCUUCAGGGGUUUUACUUCAGUGUCUUAAUUGGUAUUAAACCUAAUUUUCAUUUUUUAUGAAAAAAUCCACAUGAACAAUUUUAUUAAGUUUUUAACACCUAUUGUCAUGGUUGAAAAUUCAGGUCAGUCCACAGUCCUGACACCUGCUUAAUUCUUCACAUGAUUGUUAAAUACGUGAAAAUAAUAGAAAAGUUGGCCUAAUUAUUUUAUUAAAUUGGUUUUAAUGACCUAACAAGUAUGUUUACUUGGUCCAGUGCUAGACCUUAUAGUGCUUUAUUCUUUAUGUGAUUUUGUGUGUAUUGAAUAUAGGUUAGGGGGAUUGUAAUAAGAAAUUGUGCUGACAACAAAUGUAUAAAAUGACUUUUUUCAAUGAUUUUUAAAAAUUGAAAAAACCUAGGGCACUCACAUUUUCAAAUUCUAGUCAGAGUAGAGUAAGGGAGACAACUAAUUGUAAUGUUUGAUGAUAACUUUUUGCUUUUGCUAACACGUGACUUAGCAAUGAAAAUCUUGAUAUUUAUUGCUUUGUUCAGGAACAUAAUUUUUUUAAUAGAAAUAAUAAGCAACGUGUUGUAUUUUUUGUAAUGUUAUUGUUAAUUUGUUUUUGUUGGCCUUGGAUGUUUGAUACUAAUAGUGAAUAGUCAACAUUUAUUUAUACCUGUAUACAAAUGUAUAUGCUAUAAACAGAUAUGAUUUUAAAAAACUUUUUUUUUUGAUUUCAUGAAUUAUUCCUUGCUUUUCAUUGAUUUUUUUUAAGGGUCUGGAAACAUACAUUUAAACUUCUACUAGUCAUAAUAUCAAAUUAAAAAAACAGGUGUGGACGGUUUUUUAUUUGUUUCAUUAAUUUGUUUUCUGUUAUAGUUAGGUUUUGAAAUGAUAGUGAAUAUAAAUAGAUUAUUAGUGAAAACUUUACUAUUACAACAUAACAACAGAAAGGGGUGUCAAAACUGGAUUGUUCAAGCAAUGAAUCACCAAACAUGGCUCUUAAAGCAAAGAUGAUUGGUCGCUAUCUUGACUGUGAAAGCAAAGAUGAUUGGUCACUAGCUUGAAAGAAAGCAAAGAUAAUUAGUCACUAACUUGACUGUUAAGCAAAGAUGAUUGGUUACUAGCUUGAAUGAAAGCAAAGAUAAUUGGUCACUAAAUUGACUGUUAAACCUAAGAUGAUUGCCCACUAACUUGACUGUGAAAGCAGUAGUGAUUUGCUUAAUAUAGUUUGCAACACUGAAAAAUAAUCAAUGAAUUUUGCACUCUGCCAUUUUUUUUUUAGAUAUUAAAACAUCUUAAAUUCUAGAUAAAGGCACUUGUAAUUUAAUAACCUUUGUAAAAUUGAAUAAAUUCUGAUCAGACAAUCAAAAGCUAUGCGACAACUUGCCUUAUUAAAUAAUGUAUGCUUUUGUGUUAAAAAAUCUUAUCAGUUUUUUUUUUACUUCACAUUCAUUUAAAUUUUAAAAAAAAGGAACCAAGAAAAAUUUUACAGAAAUCUGAUUUAUCCAAACAGAUUUUAAAUGCCAUGUUUGAAGAUGGAUGAAAUUUUGUAUUCCUGAAAUGGAACUUUGGAUAAUUUAAAAAAAUUCUUUAAAAAAAAUUGGAAGAAACCAUUGAAAUGAAAUAUGAUAUUUAAAAAAAUGAGAUAAUUAUACAGAUUCACUAUGCAAUUUAUUGAAAGAAAGUCCCAUUUUAUACUUUAGCUAAAGCUUUUGCAUCAUUGAAUGGGUUUUGACUUGCAAAUGUCUUAAAAUAAUGUUAACAAUAUGAAUCUCACUGACAAAUUAAAUUGAUACUCAUAAGAAACUAUACUUUGUGAUUUAAAGAUGAAGCUUUGGACUAUUCCAAUAAUAGUCUUCAAAAUGUAAUAUACAUUUUUGGUGGGGGGGAGGGGGGGAAUUGUAAAACAUGUACAACAUUUCACUUCUGGCUUUGAACAAUGAUACAAUUUAUUGUAUUAGAGAUAUUAUAAUUAAAGACUAAUCUCCAAAAUUAUAACACACCUAGAUGCCUUUGUUGGUUUGCUGUCAUUGGCUUAAACCACACUUCUAUUUUAUUCAUGUCUUGGACAGAUGAAUUAGAUUAGCCUUGAUUGUUUUAGAAAAAAAAACAUAAUUUUAUCCAAUUUAAUGUACAGUGUAAAGGAAAUGACAAGUAGUACACAAAUGUAAUUUUCAUGGUAAUUCAAUGUAAUUCAAUGUAUCUAUGCAAAGUUCUUUAAUCUGAAGGAAUCAAACAACACUGUUACCAAAGAUUUUAAUUAAUGAUUUGAGUUUAUACACUCUUAGACCAUAUUAAUGGAUCUAUCAUUGUUAAAUGACAUUUUUUUAUGUUUGAGCAAAAUGGUCUUUGCAAAGUGCAUGCAUAAAUGCAUUAUUUAGAAGAAUUUGUAUUGGUUGUUGGUGUUUUUAGUUUUUUAAACACAGGUACAAAUAUAUGAAUGAGAUACCUGAUAUUAUUGUGGCUUGAUUUAUUUAAUGUUAAGUGUAUGUAUGAUCAGAUAAAAGUCAUUUUUGUAAUACAUUAUUUUGAAGUUUCGUUGAUUCAAUCAAUUGCACUAUAUUUUGACUUCAUAACAUACUUAAAUUUUCACUUUUAAAAACAUAAUUUAUUAUUUAAAAUUGAAAAGAGAAGACAGUGGAAAAUGCAGAUGUUAGAAUAAACAGGCAAUAACAAAAUAGGAAGGUAUGAUGGCUUCUUUCUUAAGUAUUAACAUUAUCUAAACACUUAGUUGACCAAGUUGUUCUUAACUUUCUCUCCAGUUUCCAAAGACACAUUAGAAGGCAAUAUAUUUAAGCUGACUGCUAGUAAAGUUAAUGCAUAUAGCUUAUUAUUAUUAUGUCAAACAUAUAAACUGUUGGCAUAGGCAUACUGUUAGCAAUAAUAUUAUAGAUCAUAUGUGCUAUUGUUUUAAUAUCUACAAAGUUAUUUACAUUGACCUUAUGACCUCAAAAUGCUCAUGAAAAAUGAAGAGAAAUCCAUUUAAUUGUAGUAUUAUGAUAUUAUAACUUAUGUUACAAAUAAGAUCAUUCCAUUUUCAACUUUUCAAAUAUGUUUGAAGAGCUUGUUUUUGUUACAAUCUUACAAUGAAGGAUACUGUGUAUCACUAUAUAUAGGUAAAAGACGCAAAUGUUCAAGAUUUGCUGCAAACUAGCAGCAAAGGGGAGAUACCAAUUGAUUAUUCUUGCAACAUUAAUUUUGUUGUCAAGACAUAUAUGUGAAACCAUAUAGACCCCUAAUACAAAAUAAGUAAAUCACUAUGAUAAUGAGUCUGCUAGAAAAAUUUAUAUUUGUUUUUUCCUGUAGUACUUGAUUUUUUUUUCCAAGUUAUCGAAUAAACACAAAAAAAAAAUGCUAUUGUAAGGGAGAUAACCUCUAAUAUACUAUGAACUAAAAAAUGUGUAAAACUUGAAUAAUGGAUACAGAAAAUUUUCUCAAUUUACAAGGAAUUUGACUUUAUUUUAGGAUAAAGUAUGAUCUAUGCAGGACAUCCAACUACAUGUACAUUAAAGACAUUAUGUAUGGUGUUAAAAAAAUUAUAAAUUAAAUAGUGAUAUUAUUGUUGUUCACAAAAAAAUGGUUGCUAGAAACAUUCACACUUAACACAGAAGCUAAGCCAAUAAACUUUUUAACCAUUUAAAUGACAUAAUAACAUUUCAUAAUACAAGGUUAAGACAUGUAGUGAUUUCUGAUUCCAUUUUAAAUAGUCAAUAUAUUCAUUUUUACAGUAAAAAUGUCUUAAAUUUUUGUUUUAAAUGUUUUAUGUGGCUAUCUUUUGUAUGAAAGAAGUGUAAUGGAGUGUGUAGUCAGAAAGCUAACAGGAAGAAUUGUUUCAUUUGAAUGGUAGUUUAAUAGUGAACUAUAGUUUGACUCAUAUUUCAAAGAAAGGAAGACAUGUGCUAAGGGCCCUAUUUGACUUAAAAAUGAAAGUAUUACAGAAUCAUGAGAUUUUUACUCAAAAUAAUUUAAAGGUAUUUGCAAAGUUUGAAUUAUAAGAUAUUGCAAACAUUCACCUAAAUUGGAGGGACGAAAGAUGGGAUAAAUUUAAUUUGUUUUUAAAAGAAAGAUGCAUGGUUUUCGAGACAUAUUUGUAAGUGAGAAAUAUUGAGUGCUUGCAAGAACCAAGUAAAUAUUUGUUAAAUUAACCUAAUAAGAUCCAUGUAUUUUUACACAGACACUAAAAGUAGCAUUUCUGACAUAACUACUAGGUUUGUAUUAUUUCAACAUUGAAAUUGACAUAAGUUUUGAAUUUAAGUGAAAAGUUAGGCUAAAUAAAGCUAUUUGCACUCUGUCCUUUUCUUUUAUAGGGAAAUGUAUAGGUUUGUCUUAGAAUAUUGUUGAUUCUUUUUAAAGAAGUUACGGAAGGUACGUAGGCAUGUUUAAUGGCCUAUUUAAAGAUAAAAUGGCGUGGAUGAAGUUUGAAGAAAUAUAAUGUAGAUUGAUUCACUUCCAAAUAUCAAGGUCAUUGCUACAAUAUUCCAUGUUUAAUGUAUUUGAUUCAAUAGUCUUGUUGACUGUUGUCAUGACAACAUAUCUAUAUAUAUAACAUUGUUAUUUGUUUAUGAUAUAGGAUUGAAAAAAAAAUGUGUGCAAUAUUUAGUUUCCAUGGUUAUUAUCAUAUGGUAUGAUGUUGACAGCUGUUGAUUGUGAGAAUCAUUAAAAGGUUAUAAACAUGUUAA